CAUAGCCCAUAGCCAUAGCCACAGCCACAAGCAUGUUUGCCUAGUAUAUAACCCCCUUCCCCCCCCCCCUUCCACAUAGCCUUCUUCUCUUCUUUCUCUCUUGUUGCAACGUAUACAUACAUUCAUUACACACUCUCUCUCACAAUACCCAACAACACAUACACCCCCCCACACACCUACCCGCUACAAUGGAUUUCCUCAAGAAGGCCGCUGGAGAGCUCCAGGGCAACAAGAACGCUGCUGCUGGUGGUUCCGCCCCGGCUGCUACUGAUGGAUCAGCACCCGCUGCUGGUGCGUCUACUGGACAGCAACAGGAUUACGGAGAUAAGGCUUUCGCAGCCAUCUCCCAGAAGACCGGCCACACCUUCUCCGCCGACCAGAGCGAGAAGAUCACUGAUGGCCUCCGUGGCGCAUACGAGAAGGCGACGGGGAACAAGGUUGAUCCUAAGUACUCCAACUAG